AGCAAUAAAUAUGCAACACCACACCUGUCGGUAACUCUAUCUUGGUCAGCGACUGGUAUAAGACCAUAAAACGUAGUCCAGAGGUGUUGUAUCCCCAGGUGUGCGGCAAUCAGCGGAGGGCGCAGUCACCGACAAUGGAGAAGUCAGAUAAUGAGUCAAAAGAUGUGGCGACAGCGGAAAAGGGUGAAGUUGAUGCUGUAUCGGAGAAGGAAAUGAUGGAACGCGGCAACUGGGGCGGCAAGCUGGAGUUCAUCCUCACCUGUGUCGGCUACGCUGUGGGCCUCGGCAACGUGUGGAGGUUCCCCUACCUGGCCUUCAAGAACGGCGGAGGUGCGUUCCUCAUCCCUUACUGGACCAUGCAGCUGUUUGUGGGGAUGCCUCUGUUUUUCAUGGAGCUGUCAUUCGGCCAGUUCGCCAGUCUUGGCCCCAUCACCAUCUGGAAGAUCAACCCUCUGUUUAAAGGGCUCGGCUACAGCAUGGUGAUCGUGUCGGGGCUCAUCGGCGUCUACUACAACGUCAUCAUCGGCUACUGCUUCUUCUACUUCUUCUCCUCGAUGCAGGGAACGCUGCCCUGGUCUCACUGUGACAAUGACUGGAACAGUCCCAACUGCGUCGUUGAUAGCAAUGUGGUCACAAACCACACUAAUCUCACCAUUUCCAACGGCUCCACGAUAUCAGCCAGUGAAGACUACUUUCUGAACUACGUGCUCCAAAUGUCCGAUGGGAUGGAGAACAUGGGUGCCCUCAACUGGCGUCUUGCCCUGUGCCUGCUGUUGGCGUGGUUCGUUGUCUUCGGAGUACUCAUCAAGGGGAUCAAGUCACUAGGGAAGGUCGUCUACUUCACCGCCACCUUCCCGUAUCUUCUGCUGACGGCGCUGCUCAUCCGGGGUGCAACGCUAGAUGGCGCCUCAGAUGGCAUCAAGUUCUACCUGACACCUGACUGGAACCGGCUGGCUGACUCAGAGGUGUGGAGUGACGCAGCCACUCAGGUGUUCUACUCCCUUAGUGCGUGUUCCGGGGGCCUGGUGCUCAUGUCAAGCUUCAACAAGUUCGACAACUUCUGUCUCAGGGACGCCUUGAUUGUUCCUCUCGUGGAUUGUCUCACGAGCUUCUUCUCGGGAUUUGUGGUGUUCACUGUGCUGGGGUUCAUGGCGUACAACAGACAGGUCAGCGUAGCCGAUGUUGCCGCUGGAGGUCCAGGUCUGGCCUUCAUCGCGUACCCAGAGGCCCUGGCCAGCAUGCCGGCCCCCACCGUCUGGGCCAUCCUGUUCUUCUUCAUGAUGCUCAUCAUCGGGUUCAGCUCUCAGUUCUCCAUCAUAGAGACGGUGAUCUCCUCCAUCUCUGACGAGUACGACUGGAUCCUACGGAAGAACUUUCGGAACUCCACCUACUUCCGGGUGUCCCUGUGUGUCGGCUUCUACCUCAUGGCUUUGCCUAUGACUACAAACGGUGGCAUAUAUCUACUGGACCUGAUAGACACUGCCGUCAGCGGUUUCCCCCUGUUGUUUGUCGGUCUUCUCGAGUGUUUCGCCCUCAACUUCAUUUAUGGUUACAGUCGGUUCUCCGAGGACAUCUCCAUGAUGCUGGGGAAACGUCCGGCCGUCUACUGGAGGUUCUGCUGGUGCUUCAUGACCCCCGCAAUGUUAUUUACAGUCAUAGUGUUCAAGUCUAUCCAGUACACUCCUAUGGCUUCUGGUAGCUACAUCUACCCGGACUGGGCGCAGGCCCUCUACUGGCUGGUGGCUCUCUUCCCCAUCAGCGCUAUCCCCGGCUGGUUCUUCUUCCACUUCCUCCGCAAUGGCGGCUUGGAUCUCCUGCGGAAGCUGUCCUCCCCGCUGCCCGAGUGGGGGCCCUCACUGCCGGAGAACAGAACAGGGCGCUACGCCAAGGAGGCCUCUGAAGGGGACGUUGGGAAGGACAAUCCAGCAUUCCAGGGUUCCGACAACCCGCCGUCUUACUCCGAUACUGUGACGACAAAGAUGUAAUCAUUAAGAGCUGAAGAUACAAGUUGGGACAUCGAGCGUAGAUCUAUGUUCAACGUGUCCCUAGAUAUCAUCAACCUAAUAUGUCACUUAUCACUUUCAAUCAAACAAAUAAAAUAUCAGAUAUAGACUGGGU